CCCUACCUGCAAGUGCAUUCGUUAAUGCUUUGUGAAACUGGCUUUUGAAGUUCAGAAAAGUUUGUCCAGUUUUCACAAAGCCUUCCACAAUUCUAGCCCUGGAAAAAGAUUGAAUUGUCGCUCGCGAUAACCUCAUAACGCAGCAUGAAGCUGUGUAUAUCGCUGUUCCUGCUGCCGCUCCUGCAAAUCGAAGCCAGGGUGAACAAAUGCGGACCAAGCUUCUCCGAAGCCUGUUUCUGCGGGCAUCAGUUCUAUGAGGGUGCGACUAUGGUCGUAGUGAAUUGCACGGGACAGGGUUUUACAGAUGCAACAAUGUUACGAUAUCUCCCAGAAGAUGUAGAAAUGUUAAUCUUCACAGGAAACCACAUAACAUCAUUGCCCCUCAACAUUUUCGGGGAGGAUAUGGAUUUAAGCAUGCUGAAAAUUAUCGACAUGAGUAACAACGGUAUCACGGACAUCAAGGGGAGAACCUUCCAUCACGUCGCAAACGUGGAACGACUGAUUCUGAACCAUAACAAUAUUUCAAUUUCGGAGGACGAUAAGAAUCUUCACCCCCGUGUAUUUUCUAAUUUUUAUAACUUGGAAGAGCUUCACUUGACAAACGCUUUUGCUGAUAACACAGACGCGGCUCUGGCCAAGGAUUUACACGACAUAUUCGUCAAUAGCAAUUUAACGAAACUCGUAAAAUUGCAUCUGGAACAAAACGAGAUUAAGAACUUCAAAGACGAUAGAGUGUUUUGUGACCUACCGAACCUACAACACUUGUACCUGGGUGACAACUACAUUCCGUGCCUUAACUUUAACGUUACCUGUUUGCCGAAACUGACAUAUCUCGAUUUGGAAGGAAACAAUAUUACGAGUUUUUCAGACAGCGACUUAGACAAGUUCGACAGGUUGAUCGUGCCCUCGCGCUCCGAGAACUUAGUUAUCGAUAUAGACGAUAACCCUUUCCGAUGCGACUCUGCGAUUCAAAAUUUGUACAACUGGUUGCAUAAAACGAAAGUUAAAGUGCGCAAUUUAGAGCGUCUCGAGUGUCAUCAAGCAAAAUACGGCAGGAAAUAUAUAAUGAACUUGAAAAACUUGACAGAAACGAAGCACGCAAAGGUAUCGCAGGCUUUGACAGUGCUCUUAGUGAUCUUGGUUGUAGUUUUAAUUACUCUUCUGAGUGCCUACAUUUACUUGAAGAAGGAGAGUGUUAAGGAAAGACUGUCGCCCAUUUUCGAUGCCGUUUCGAGGAAGGUGCAAUAUACAACAAUCGAAUCGCAAGAUGUUUAAAUCCGAAGAGAACUAUUAGCGAAUUACAUGUAAUAACGGCUGAUGCAACUAAUUAUUAAAUUCCCGCUUGAUUUAAUGAAUAAAUAAUUUAAUUAAUUGCACUUGUUGAAAUUAAUCGUAAACGAUUAAGACAACGGACUAGAACUGAUUUUUUUGAGAUUUUUUUAUAUCUAUUAAAAACAAUUAAAUUUUUAUUUAAUCGCAAUAUAUGGUGCUUAUUUUUGU